CCCACUGCUCUGCGUUGCAAGUUUUUGUUUUUUGGGGGUGGGUGUUUCCUUGGCCCGUGGUUUGUCAUCUCUUCCUUCUGAGACAAACCCACCCGUCCAUGCGCAUGCUCACGCUCAAUCUCUCUCUCUAUCCUUCUCUUUUAGCAAAAAAAAUCUCAUCUUCCUUUGAUUCCCUCUCUUCCCGACUCUUGUUUGUCUCUGCCUCCACGCAAAAGUACGGUUCCUCUUUUUCUGCUUUUUGGAUUGCCCCACCUUCACCUUUCUUAAUGCGAAAGGUCCUUUUCUUUUCUGGAUUGGUGGGGGUCACUUUAGGGUUUUCUGAUCCUUGAGUGAUUAGCUUCGUCUGGUGUUUGCUUUCUCCGUAGUUUUUCAAACAAUUCCUUGUUUAUCUCAAUCUGUUGCCAUAGCAUAACUUCCUUCUCACGAUCGGAAUUUUUUCCUGAAUUUAGGGUCUAGGGUUUGUUCAUGUUUCUAAGAAUGCUGAGUUUCAGAAACGCCUGCCCUGUUCUUCUCGCCCAGGAUUGCUUAUGUAUGUACGAGCCACCAAUGUUGUAAGCCUUAGGUGGGGGAUUACUGGUCUCGUUCGAGCUUAUCUUUGAAACAUGGGUUGUGUCUAUUGCAAGUGUUGUCGCGGCUACAUUUCUUCGCCGGAGUGUGGUGGUGCUGUCAGCUGCCGAGGACUUGGGCCGCGCCGUCGCCAAAGGAAACACAAACUUACUCAGAGUUCAUUGAAGUUUGCUCCUGUUCCUUCCCACAACUACGUUUUGGAAUACUCGUUUCUCACACAGCGAGGAUACUACCCUGAUUCACCUGAUAAAGAAAACCAAGACACUUUCUGUAUUAGGACGCAGGUUCAAGGUAACCCAAACAUUCAUUUUUUCGGUGUCUAUGAUGGGCAUGGUCAAUGUGGUAGCCAAUGUUCGAAUUUUGUUAGGGAUAGGUUGAUAGAAACGUUAUCAAACGACCCUGCAUUGUCGGAGGACCCCGUUAAAGCUUAUAAUUCAGCAUUCUUGGCAACAAAUUACCAAUUACACAACAGUGAGAUUGAUGAUUCUAUGAGCGGCACUACUGCAAUUACGGUGCUUGUUGUCGGAGACACACUUUAUGUUGCUAAUGUUGGUGAUUCCAGAGCAGUGCUGGCAGUAAAGGAUGGGAAUUGUAUCGUUGCUCAGGACUUAUCGUCUGAUCAGACUCCGUUUAGGAGAGAUGAAUAUGAGAGAGUGAAACUUUGUGGUGCAAGGGUGUUAAGCGUUGAUCAGGUGGAAGGGCUUAAGGAUCCGGAUGUCCAAACAUGGGGUGAUGAAGAGAGUCAGGGAAGUGAUCCUCCAAGGUUGUGGGUUCCAAAUGGGAUGUAUCCUGGAACUGCAUUUACAAGGAGUUUAGGGGAUAGUUUGGCAGAGACGAUUGGUGUCAUCGCCACUCCUGAAGUGUCGGUCGUUCCGCUUACACCUAAUCAUCUUUUCUUUAUUGUGGCAAGUGAUGGCAUAUUUGAGUUCCUAUCAAGCCAAACUGUUGUUAACAUGGCAGCAAGCUAUACAGAUCCUGGUGAAGCAUGUGCUGCCAUUGCUGGAGAGGCAUAUAAACUAUGGUUGGAUCAUGAAAACCGAACAGAUGAUAUAACAAUCAUCAUUGUUCAGAUCAAAGGCCUAUCUAAUGGAGGUACAUCUGGAGUUGGACUAGAUAAUAUUAGUGUUAAUACUGCAAUGCGGGCAAGGAGAGGAACUUCUGAAAUAUCUGCUACCACUUCAUCAGAUGUUUAUUGUUCUGUGAGGAGUGAGCUCUCUGAUCAACAAUCUGGUCAGAACGUAGUCUCAAUGAGAAGCCCAGCUAUUAUUGUCCCAUCUCCAUCAUGUCAAAGACCAGUUGACUAGUGAUUGAAGAGAGGCUUUAUGGAAGCUUCAUCAAGUUUUGUUGUAAUUUCUCCCAAGUGGAAGCUGAAGGUUCCUGUUUUGAUGAGCAUGUCUCAGGCUGCGGAAGAUUUCCCACAUUGGGAUUUAGAAAACUGAACUGGUCAAUGGUCAAUAUUCUUCUUCUAAUUCAGAUUACUGAGCCACAUCAGAAGCACACAAAGCCUGUUUCCAGGGUGGCUCUUUGCCCCUACAGAUUUUGACAUCAGAAGGAAAUCUAAAUGGGAUUUGGGAUAAUGAACAAGGGUCAGACCAAGGUUAAGUAUUUGAAAUGUUGCAUAUCAAGCUCUGCAAUGAAAAUAUCAAACCAAGUCUUCUUUUGAAAAAAAAAAAAAAGAAUGAUUCAUGUGAUGAUGCUGAGCUGUAAUAAAAUUUACUUGCUAUGUUUUCAUUGGAAAACUUGAUGACAAACAAUGUAGAAAUAGUUUAGAAAUUUUCUGGGAAAAAAGGAACUUGUGCAACACAUUGGUUGGUGACUAGCAUUGGCAAGUUCCUACAAACUCUGAAGAAAGUCAGAAACUCACAAGAUGGCAAACUGGGUCGGCAAAUCUGCUUCUCAGCAUCCAAAGCAAUAUCAUCGUUCUCUCACAUGCAGAUGUGGGGUCCGGUGUAUGAAUCAGAAAAAUAUCUGCUAUUUUAAUUGCAUUGCAAGAUCAAAAUCGAUGUACUUAAUGCCAGAUUGUUAUUUUUUUCUUGGGCUGGUGAAGGGAAGGAAUCAAGUUUUGAAUCGAAGACUUGUUGGAUAUUUUCCUAAUCUCUCUA